CGACCCUCUCACCUCCCACCUCCCGACUCCCUCCCCUCACUCCCUCUCCUACCUCCUCCCCGUCAGUCCUUCUCCUUGUCGCAAACAUGGCUGACACAUACUACGACAACGACAUGGAGGAAGAAUACGAGGACGAUGAAAACGACCAGAUGAUCUCGCCCGAGGACUGCUGGGCCGUCAUCAGCUCCUUCUUUGACACAAAGGGCCUGGUGUCGCAGCAGCUGGAUUCCUACGACGAGUUUACGCGCAACACGAUACAAGACAUUGUCAAGGAGAACGGCAGCGUCAUACUCGAGCAGAACACGCCCUACAACCCCGACGAAGACGACGACCCCAUCAUCAAGCGCCGCUAUGAGAUCAAGUUUGGGCGCGUCUAUCUGGCCCGGCCCACACACACCGAAGGCGAUGGUACCACGGUCCAGCUCUACCCUCACGAGGCACGCCUACGCAACCUCACCUACUCCGGCGCCAUGUUGGCCGACAUCGAAAACCGCAUCAUGGUGGCCCGCGAGACCACCGUGGCUGCCGAGGGCGACGAUGAGGACGCCGAGGGAGGCUACACGGGCGGGCAGACGCAGAUUCGGUGGGAGCGCGAGGAUGCGCCCAUGGACAACGAAGCUGCGGCGAGGGUCUUCAUCGGCAAGCUGCCUGUCAUGUUGCGCUCUGAGCUAUGUCACCUGCGCAACCAGUCGGACGCAGAUUUGUUCGCACUCAACGAGUGUCCCUACGAUCAAGGUGGCUACUUUGUCAUCAACGGCAGUGAAAAGGUCCUGAUCGCCCAGGAGCGCAGCGCAGCCAAUAUUGUCCAGGUCUUUCGGAAGAAGCAGGGGCCGAUCCCCUGGACGGCUGAGAUUAGAAGUGCAGUCGAGAAGGGCACCCGCCUCAUCUCCUCCUUCAACAUCAAGUGGGCGGAUAACUCACUUGUUACCAGUGGAAAGCGUGUACAAGGCCCCUUCGCGUAUGCUGCUCUCCCCUACGUCAAAGCCGAGAUACCCAUGGCCAUCGUCUUCCGCGCACUUGGUAUCGUUUCUGAUGAGGAAAUCUUGAGCCAUAUCGUCUACGACCGCACCGAUACACAGAUGCUAGAGCUACUGAAACCCAGCAUUGAAGAAGGUGCCGUGAUUCAGGACAGGGAGACGGCGCUCGACUUCAUCGCUAAGCGAAGUCAGACCGCGGGCACCAGAGACAGACGUCUCAAGUUUGCGAGGGACAUUAUGCAGCGCGAAUUCUUGCCGCACAUCUCGCAGAAAGAGGGCCAGGAUACCCGCAAAGCCUACUUCUUCGGCUACAUGGUCCACCGACUCCUGCAGUGCGUCUUGGGCCGCCGCGACGAAGAUGAUCGCGAUCACUUCGGUAAGAAGAGGCUAGAUCUGGCGGGACCAUUGAUUGCAAAUUUGUUCCGUAUCCUCUUCCUCAAGCUAACCAAGGAUGUCUACAAGUACCUCCAACGUUGUGUCGAGAACAACCAGGACUUCAACGUUCAGAUGGCCGUCAAGGCUAGCAUCAUCACAAACGGCCUCAAAUAUUCCCUAGCAACAGGCAACUGGGGUGAUCAAAAGAAAGCAGCUUCCGCAAAGGCUGGUGUCUCGCAGGUGCUGAACCGAUACACAUACUCCUCAACCUUAUCUCAUUUGCGGCGGACGAAUACUCCCGUCGGUCGUGACGGCAAGCUAGCGAAGCCGCGACAGCUUCACAACUCUCAUUGGGGCCUUGUCUGCCCAGCCGAAACCCCCGAAGGACAAGCCUGCGGACUGGUAAAGAAUCUGUCUUUGAUGUGCUACGUUAGCGUGGGAAGCGACGCGUCGCCCAUCAUUGACUUCAUGACACAGCGAAACAUGCAACUCCUCGAGGAAUACGAUCAGAAUCAGAAUCCGGAUGCCACCAAGGUUUUUGUAAACGGUGUCUGGGUUGGUGUACAUUCCAAUGCCCACCAGCUUGUGUCGGUCGUGCAAGAGCUUCGGAGAAACGGAACGCUAUCUUACGAGAUGAGUCUGAUUCGUGACAUUCGUGACCGGGAGUUCAAGAUUUUCACGGACGCCGGCCGCGUCAUGAGACCAUUGUUCGUUGUGGAGAACGACAUCCGAAAGCCGAACCGCAAUCAGUUAAUUUUCACCAAAGCCAUCAGCCAAAAACUCCUAAUGGAGCAACAAAGUCAUGAUCAACGCAGUGGGUGGAGUGAACAGGAAAUCGAAGCCGCUACAUAUGGCUGGAAGGGUCUCAUUCAAGACGGUGUUAUCGAGUAUCUCGAUGCCGAGGAAGAAGAAACUGCAAUGAUCACCAUGUCUCCUGAGGAUUUGGAUGAGUGGCGGGACAUGAAGCAGGGCAUUCCUCCAAAUGAGCGGGCUAAUCAAGGCAAAGAUCGCCUAAGGCGCAUCAAGCCAAAGCCUGACCCUCGAAUCCAUGCCUACACCCAUUGCGAAAUUCACCCAGCCAUGAUUUUGGGUAUCUGCGCCAGUAUCAUUCCUUUCCCGGAUCACAAUCAGUCACCCCGUAACACUUACCAAUCGGCCAUGGGUAAGCAAGCCAUGGGUGUCGCCAUCACCAACUACGCGCUGCGUAUGGAGACCAUGAUGAAUGUUCUGUACUACCCUCAGAAACCUCUAGCGACAACGCGAUCAAUGGAGUAUCUCAAGUUCCGUGAGCUUCCUGCUGGCCAGAACGCAAUCGUUGCCAUUGCUUGCUACUCCGGAUACAACCAGGAAGAUUCCGUCAUCAUGAACCAGAGCAGUAUCGACCGAGGCCUCUUUAGGAGUUUGUUCUACCGUGCCUACACUGAGCAAGAGAAGCGCAUCGGCGUCAACGUUCUCGAGCAAUUUGAGAAGCCAACUCGGGCCGACACACUGCGACUGAAAGGUGGUACCUACGACAAACUCGACGACGAUGGUAUUGUUGCCCCUGGUGUUCGCGUUUCCGGUGACGACAUCAUCAUUGGCAAGACAGCACCCAUCGCGAGUGACGCGCAAGAGCUUGGGCAAAAGACUACGUUGCACACGAAACGAGACGUUUCCACGCCUCUCCGAAGUACCGAAAAUGGUAUCGUGGAUCAGGUACUCUUCACCACCAACACCGAAGGUCUUAGAUUCGUCAAAGUCCGCACGCGGACCACCAAGGUUCCGCAGAUUGGUGACAAGUUUGCGUCUCGUCACGGUCAGAAGGGUACCAUCGGAAUUACCUAUCGACAAGAAGACAUGCCAUUCUCCACAGAGGGUCUCACCCCAGAUAUCAUCAUCAACCCUCACGCUAUUCCAUCCCGUAUGACGAUUGCCCAUUUGGUCGAGUGUCUUCUUUCCAAGGUGGGCGCAAUCAAUGGACAAGAAGGCGAUGCCACGCCCUUCACUGAAAUCACCGUCGAUCAGAUUUCCGACUUGCUUGAAAAGGCUGGCUACCAGAAGCGAGGUUUCGAAAUCAUGUACAACGGCCAUACUGGCAAGAAGAUGCGGACACAGGUGUUCUUGGGUCCCACAUACUACCAGCGUUUGAGACAUAUGGUCGACGAUAAGAUCCACGCUCGUGCUCGUGGCCCGUUGCAGAUCCUCACGCGUCAGCCUGUAGAAGGUCGUGCUAGGGACGGUGGUCUGCGCUUCGGAGAGAUGGAGCGCGAUUGUAUGAUUGCUCACGGUGCUGCCGCGUUCUUAAAAGAGCGGCUUUUCACGGUCUCGGAUGCGUACACGGUACAUGUGUGCGACAUCUGUGGCCUAAUGAGUCCUAUUGCCCAACUCAAGAAAGGCCAAUACGAAUGCCGACCCUGUCACAACAAAACCCGCAUCUCCCAAAUCCACAUCCCGUACGCCGCCAAACUCCUCUUCCAAGAGCUGCUCGCUAUGAACAUCGCAACCCGCAUGUUCACCACCCGCUCUGGCCUCAGUGUGCGCGACUAGUCGUCCCAUGACCUCAUUGAGUCGUGAUAUACGUUCUAAACUAGGGACACCUACCACCAUCUAAACCGAAGCUUGAGUAGCUUUGGCUACAUGCAUUUCGGCAUGGGCUUAAUGUAUGUGUCUGGUGGUAUAGUCGUAGCGUUUGCUACGGAGAUGAGGACGCAGCAUGAGAUAGUUACUAGGUUGGUGUUUCCCGAGGGUGCGAGUCUGAGUCAUCUUGAUCUUUUCAAACGUUCAUAGUCAACAACAGCAUAGUACUGGCGUUUUGGGAAUGACUUCUUAUAAAUUGGGUUCAAAAAUUCGUUCUGCCCAGAGAUGAAUCAAGCAGGACGAGGGGGUGUAUGGGGUUUUCUGGCUUACCAACUUUCCGUUUGGAAGGUUGGUAAAGUUCGCCAUUUUUUUAUAGAACUGUAAUGGCUUUUUCUUGUAUACCUAUGUAGUCUGGAACUGAAAUCUGCCUUUCUGACAUUAAUAUUGGUAUUCGUGUUCUCU